AUGGCACUCAGCUCGGGCAACUGGGCUCCUCCAGCCCCGGUGACUGCCUCGUCCCACCAACAGGCGACAUGCGGCGGGCCUGGCCCAGCCGUUUGCUGCAGUACUGUUCUGAUGUCAGUCCGCGUUUCGGUGUCCCAUUCCGGGAUCCGACCCCUGUGCCUCCCCGGAGCGGGCAGCGAAGCUCUGCGCCUGCAGCUCAGCAUGGACCCGAGCCGGGCCGGAGAGUUCCGACUGGCGCUGAGAGAUACGAGCGGAAACCGCAGUGUGUUCAUUGCAGAGUUUGAUUUGCGCUCGGUGCAGUACGAGGUUAAAUCUUCUCGCUGCCAUGAGAUGCGUCUUGCGGCUCCGCCUCACGACUGUAUCCGCUUCAACUUCCGCUGUGACCGAGAGGCUGAGGAGUGGGCCACUGUGGUGAUGUCAUCACUGACGGAGGCCCACAGAGUUCUUCAAUAAGCAUUCACACUACAUUUUUGCAGGAGAUGCAAUUUCUCUAGUUGUUGUUGCAUUUGUCCUUCAGAGGAGCUGUGUUUAGAGCUUGCGAGGGCAAUUGAAGCAGGUGAUGCUCAGGCUGCCUCCCAGCAUGCAUCUGCACUGGCUCGACAAAAAGCAGCGCUGACAGUACAACCGUCUCAGAAAAACUACACGGAUGGGGAAAUCAAUCUGUCUGUGGUGGUGGAGGAUGCUUCGUCUUCCUGUUGUGUAACGGUGAAAGUUCUUCCCUACAUGACCAUAGCUGAACUCAAGCAGCAGGUGUUUCUCGAGUAUGGUUUCCAUCCUCGGGUGCAGCGCUGGGUGAUUGGUCAGUGCCUGUGCACAGAGCUGAGGUCGUUGGCUUCAUACGGGGUGCAGAAGGAUGGGGAUACGGCGUACCUUUACCUGAUCUCUGCCCGUCAAGUCCACGUUACACGCCAGCUGUUCCAGCAGGACCUGGAUAGUGCUCUUCUUGCAACACCUCUUCCCCCAGGAAACGGCACCACCUCCCAGGACUGGAGGGGUUACAGCACCCUCCCCUCAAGGCUUCCUCACAACAGCCCAGGUACAGGUGGAGGGAAUAACAUCAAAGAUGUCCUUAAUAUUGAGAAGCUGCAGCUGAAUGAUCACUCCAGCAAAGCCAGUAAAACACAGCUGACGGAGUGGGCAUGUCCUUCGUGCACUUUUAUCAACAAGCCCUCUCGCCCUGGCUGCGAGAUCUGUGCUACCGCCAGACCUGACACACAGAGCUGUAUCCAGCAGGAAAAAGGAAGGAUAGAGGAUCGCAGGAAGUUCGGUCUAAGCAGCAGCUGACUGCUCAUGAUCGCAGUCAGGAUUUUAUUUCUCGCUCACAUACAAACACACAUUCACAUACAGAAAGUGAGGGGGCUAACUCUGCCACAUAACAUGUUGACAAAAUACUCACACGGGGACGGUAAAGUGCACUGAAGGUCGUCUGAACGCUGGAGGUGGCGCGG